AUGAUGCAGCGACAAGCCAGAAGCCUGGCCAUCCUCUCGCGAUCCGGUGAAGAUCGUGAGGAGGCAAAAUCUACAGUUUCAUGGCUACGAACACGCGGUGUCAAGGUCGCCGUGUACAAAGGGGACGUCGCCAACCCCACCGAUGUACAAAACUGCAUCAGCAAGAUUCAAAAUCUAGGCGGCGUGAUUCAUGCUGCCAUGGUUUUGGCCGAUGCCCCGCUGCAGAGCAUGACUUAUUCUCAGUGGCAGAAAUGCGUUCAACCAAAAGUUCAGGGGGCGUAUAACCUACAUAACGCGACAAUGGGUAUCCCACUCAAUUUCUUUGUAUGCUUCUCCUCCAUUUCCGCAUUUUUCGGCGGUAAAGCGCAGGCCAAUUAUGCCGCUGCGAAUGCGUAUCUGGACAGCCUGAUGGGCUAUCGCCGACAGCUUGGCCUACCUGCUUCCACUAUGAACUGUGGGCGUAUAACUGGGCACGGUGUUGCAGCUGAAGAUGCCGCGCUGGAACGAUUCAUGGAGGAUAUAGGCUAUGAUGGGGUUAACCGACAGGAGCUGCUCUACCAAGUAGAAAAUGCCAUCUUCUCGCACAGCCCCUCGCAAGUCUCUUUGAAUGGAGUUGCCUUGUACCAGACCCUGACAGGCGUCACUCUUGCACGUGACGAUGUAUUUUGGGCCAAAAGAUCUAUCUUCAAAAAUCUAUAUCGCAACCAUGACUUCAACGUGCAAUCUGGCCAGCGAGGAGCUGGAGGAGAAACGAGUCUGUUGGCUGUAUUUCAGCAGGUCACAGAUCCUCUGGAGCGAUUCGAUCUCAUUCUGGAGCGAUUUGUCAACAAGCUGUCCAUUCUACUUGGUCUGUCGCCCGAAUCACUCAAGCCGGCAGAUCCAGUUUAUGGACUAGACUCAUUAGUGGCCAUCGAGCUGCGCAACUGGUUUACUAAAGCCCUGGGAGUCGACAUAGCACUCUUUGAUGUGCUUUCAGCCCCAUCUAUCAGAGCCUUGGUAGAUAAAUGCGUGACUAUCUUUGGUACGCAAGAGCGCAAAGCUCCUCGGUCCGGGCCACAGAAUACAAGUGCUUCCUCACCACAAGUUGGCGCUACGCCGCAGGCUCUGAACGUCCCGAAAGCAGACUUGUCGCAGCCACUCCCCCUGUCCACCUUUCAGACCCGCUUAUGGUUCUCUCACAUGCUCGCUGCAGACAAGUCCCUACUGAAUCUUCCAGUUGUCAUGUAUCUUCAUGGAGUGCCUGAUCAUAAUAUCCUUGAGAAAUCAAUUUCGGAGCUGAUUUUCAGGAAUCCAAUUUUGCGGACCGCAUACCAGGAGGGAGAGGAGUAUGGCGAGCAAAGAGUAAUGCACGAUCGAGAAUUCAUUCUCAAAUGUCAAGAUGUAUCUGAAAACGAAGAUGCAACCCAAGCCCUGAAGCCCCUUGUUGCGGCUCUGAAGAUGAAGCAGAUGAAAAUCGAAGAGGGGGAGGUGAUUGAUGGAACUUUGGUCAAAAUCAAUGAAGAUGACUUUGCCUUAGUGCUCAUAAUGCACCACAUCUGCACGGACCGAAGUAACACACAGCCAUUGAUAACGCAGCUAUCCGCAAUUUACGACACCCUUGGUCAGGGAGGAAACAUCAGCACUAUCCCAAGUCCCAAGUUGAACUACGCAGACUUCACUCUGUGGCAUAAUGACUUUCUGUCAACGAGCUCCAUGAGUUCGGAAAUCGAAUUUUGGAAGAAUCAGCUAUCUGGAAUGCCUUCCAGCUGUGAGCUGCUACCAUUCGCCAAGUCGGAACGGCCUUCAUGGGAUGAUUAUGGCCGGGCGACCACCACGGCAGAGGUAAGCCCAAGUCAACUCAAACGUAUGAAGCGGAUCUCCUUGCAGUCCAAAGCCAGCCCAUUCCAAUUUCUCUUCGCCGCCUUCCGGGCCUUUCUCUACCGCUACACUGCGGACAAAGAUCUGACGAUCUUGAUGGUGGAUGGAAAUCGACCCCAUGCGGACUUAAGCGACGUGCUGGGAUUCUUUGUCAACGUGACCCCGAUUCGGUGCCAAAGCACAUGUGAGGGCAGCUUCGAAACUCUUUUGUUAUCUACAAGGGACCGUAUUUUAGAGUCCAUGUCCCACAGUGCUGUGCCAUUUGACCUGAUUGUCACGGAAACCCAACAGAAUAGAAGUACUAGUCACUUCCCAUUGGGCCAGGUUAUGAUCAACUAUCAGCAACCGGAUGGCCAAGAAGUUUAUCAGACUAAAGACUUUGUCUUUCAGAAGACUGAAGCACAAGAUAUGGUUUCUGGUUGUGAACUGACUCUUCGAGCUCGAGAAGACCCGGAUAAUGCCCUUCAACUGCAGCUGGAAUACUCCACCACGUUAUAUGGAGACACCGAUAUGCACGUUUUCCUUGAAAACUUCAAGACUUUCCUCUCGAGCCUCAUUCAGGACCACCGACAGCCGAUCGAUGAAGUCAUUUUAUCCGGUCCCAAGGAGAUUGAGCGACUGAGAGACGAUUUCUGGAAUGGCAAUUCAGGGUCUGAUUCUCGGCAGCAUCCGAGCCUAGCUGGACAAAUCCUCCAUGUCGCAGAGAUGCAACGGAAUGCCAUUGCCAUCACGACGUCGGAGGGUCAGGCCAUUACUUAUAGUUCUCUGGUUGACUCCGCUCGUCGAUUGGCCUUUUCGCUACAGAGUGCAGGUAUUGGGCCUAGGCAACGCAUUGGGAUACUCACCACCCCGGGUAUUGACAUGGUGACCGCCAUGCUGGGAGUUUUGUUCAACCGAUGUGGUUAUGUUCCAAUGGACUCCACCAUGGCUGUGGGACGCCUGGCAUUCAUCACUGACGAUUCCGGCAUUGAUUUACUGCUUUUCGAUGAGGCGUGCAGCAUCUUAUCCUCCAAAAUUCGCUCCCAGGCUGAAGGACAUUAUGAUACGAUGAGCAUCAAGAAAGCCACGAGCUCGCAAGGGCUGGCAGAUCUUCAUCAGACUUUGCAUGGUGAUCCUUUCUAUGUGAUGUAUACUUCGGGUAGUAGUGGUACACCCAAGGGUGUUCCAAUUUCCCAACAAAAUGUUCACGAAAUGCUGGCAGCGAUGCAGGAAAAGUUCAAAUUUUGCCCCGACGACCGGUUUCUACACCAGAUCUCACCUUCUUUCGACCUUUCUGUGGUGGAGCUUUGGUCAUCGCUGGCCAUCGGCGCUAAGCUUUGCAUUGCCAGCAUGGGGAUACGACAUGAUCCCGUGCUUCUUGGUGAAUAUAUGCGCCAAGAGUCUGUGACCGUCACUUACUUCACCCCAACUCAAUUUGCUCUGGUGAUAGAGCAUAACGGUGCGGCCUUGGCGGCAUGUCCCGACUAUCGUAUUGCAUUGCUAUGUGGAGAACGAUUGCCCUCACGCCUCGCGGAUGCAUUCUACCGGUUGCAAUGCCCGGCAACUCUGUAUAAUGCUUGGGGCCCAACUGAGGCAGUUGUCCAGACUACUCUCCAUCCGGUCCGCUGGCCGGAGGAUGAUAUUAUUAACAUCCCCAUCGGCAAAUCUCUUGGAAAAUGCCGACAUUAUAUCGUGGAUGGGUGCAUGAAUCCCCUACCGGGGGGCUUCAUCGGGGAAAUUUGCAUUGGAGGCCCCCAAGUAGCGACCGGGUACUGGAAUCGCCUCGAGGUCAACCGUAAGCAGUUCAUGGACAACCCAUUUGCCUCUGCGCACGAUAAGAAGCGUGGAUGGACGACCCUCUUCCGAACUGGAGACUUGGGCCGUUUCCUGCCUGACGGAAACCUGGAAUUCCUGGGUCGCAUCUCCGGCGACAAACAAAUUAAGCUGCGUGGAUAUCGAAUCGAUCUUGGUGAGAUUGAACAUGUCCUGCACCGGUCUACAUCACCGGAUGAGGCCCAAGGCGUUGUCGAUCUUGCAGUCGUGGCCUAUUCAACAGGCGAUGACUCCAGCUCAAUGACAGACGACCGCUGGCUUGUCGCUUUCAUUGUUCCCAAGCAGCCUAUGACAACUGUGGUUGACAAGACCAGAUUCGCCACGCUUCUGUCCUCACGCGCCAAGUCUUCACUCAGUCAUUACAUGCUUCCCAACGUGUAUCAGUUUAUUGAGAAACUACCAACCAACUCCAGUGGCAAGACAGAUAGACGAGCCCUUCUCGGACUUGAUAUGGAUUUCAUCCGUCCAGAUUUGGAUGGCACAGCCUCGAUGAAUUCAAGUCAGAAGUCCUCUUUGCACAGUGGCCAAGCCCCGGCGGAGCAGGUUAGUGAAAGUACCAUCAAGAAGGUCAAUCAAAUCUGGCAGGAAGUACUCAAGCUGGACACCCCUGUCCAACCGACGGCCAAUUUCUUUGAAAUGGGGGGCUCGAGCAUUCUUCUCCUCCGUCUCCAAUCCAAGCUCCGAGCAGCAAUGAAUAUCUCUCUCAGCUUGCAGGACAUGAUUGGGGGACCGACGCCAAUGCAACUAGCCCAUCUGAGCAGAUUGAUCAACGAAACACUAACGGGUGAGCAAAUUCUCACUCGUGUUCAUGUAAUCAAUGGAUUCUUGGGUCAAGAGUCCAAUUUUGGGCUCUCACCCACUGAAUUUGAGCAUCUUGGAAGGUCGAUAUCGACCAUCUACCAUCUCGCCUCAGAGGUCUCCCUGCUCAAAUCCUUCCACGACCUGAAGCAUAUCAACACUACCUCUAUCCUUUCCCUCAUUGAGCUAUCCCAUCUCGGAGGGAGCGACAUCCACUACCUAUCGACCUGGAGUGUUCCCCACCUCCAAUCCUGGUCUGACACUCAAAGAUCCCUUCCCUCCAUUAAUAUCCUCGAAAACAACGCAGGUCAUUUUACUCCUCAGCCCACAAGCCAGCAUGGCUACUUCAAGUCUCGCUGGGCAGCUGAAAUGCUUCUCACAAGAGCGGCAGAUCGAGGCUUCCCAAUCACCAUCUACCGAGCCUCCAGCAGUACCGGCAACACUAGCACUGGCGUCGCGUCCUCCCAAAAUGACUUCGUCCGAGGCAUGAUUCUAGACAUGAUUCGCCACAACGUCAUUCCAAAGGCCGGAACAACGGAUCAUCCUUUCGUGGUCGAUUUCGUUCCCGUGAACUACCUCGUGGAUGUUCUCUCCCGGCUUUCGGUGCAACGGAGGAAUUCUCAGAAGGCCAUUUCCCCAACUCGAGGUCUUCAAGUCUUCCACAUCACCAACCCUAGGCCCCUUCCUCUGGAUCAACUUCCGGCUCUGGUAGGGCUCAUCCGUGGCGAUGAUGACGCGGGUCAGAUUGGGCAACAUGUCAGCGUGGAUGACUGGCUUGCAAACUCAACCCAAGGCAAUGCUGGUGAGGACGAACAGUUACGCCGAGAGGUCCUGGGUGAUUAUUUCCAGCAGGGUCAUAAUAUGUUUGUGUUGGAUCGAAGUUGCACUGAUGCUGCACUAGCCGGUGCGGAAGAUUUGGUGAUUUGCCCGGCCAUAGAUGAGGCAUAUCUGCGGGCAUUGUGGAAAGAGUGA